AUGGUUGGAGGCAACAAUUCUAGCCUUACCCCAGGAUUCUUUAUUUUGAAUGGUGUCCCUGGGCUGGAAGCUGCACACAUCUGGAUUUCCCUCCCAUUCUUUUUCAUGUACAUCAUUGCUCUUGUGGGGAAUAUUGGGCUCAUUCACCUCAUUGGUCAUGAGGAGGUCCUCCGUCAGCCCAUGUACUACUUCUUGGCCCUGCUCUCAUUAACUGAUACCUGUAUGUGCACCACCACUGUACCCAAUGUGCUGUGCAUAUUCUGGUUCAACCUCAAGGAGAUUGACUUUAACGCCUGCCUGGCACAGAUGUUUUUUGUGCACACCUUCUCUGCAACAGAGUCUGGCGUGCUCAUGCUCAUGGCCCUGGACCGCUACGUGGCCAUCUGCUACCCCUUACGCUACCCCACCAUCCUCACCAACCCUGUGAUUGCCAGGGCUGGUCUUGUCACCUUCUUGAGGAGUGUGAUGCUCAUUAUUCCAUUCACUUUCCUCACCAAGCGUCUGCCCUAUUGCCAUGGAAACAUCAUCCCCCACACCUACUGUGACCACAUGUCUGUGGCCAAGGUAUCCUGUGGUGAUGUCAAGGUCAAUGCCAUCUAUGGUCUGUUGGUUGCUCUCCUAGUUUGUGUGUUUGACAUCUGCUGUAUCUCUGUGUCUUACACUAUGAUCUUGAAGACUGUAGUGAGCCUGUCUUCAUCAGAUGCUCGUCACAAAGCCUUCAGCACCUGCACAUCUCACAUCUGUGCUAUUGUAAUCACUUAUAUUCCAGCUUUAUUCACUUUCUUCACACAUCGUUUUGGAGGAAAGAAUAUUCCCCACCACAUACACAUCAUUGUGGCUAAUCUUUAUCUGUUACUGCCUCCUACCAUGAACCCAAUUGUUUAUGGAGUCAAGACCAAGCAAAUUCAAGAAAGUGUAAUCAAACUUUUUCUUGGAGAAAAGUCUAGCUUUACUUCAAAGACAUGA